AUGCUCUACGUGAACUCGUUCGAGGUGGGGCAGCACGGCACCCGAGCGCUGUUCCCCACGGCCUUCCUGCUGGCGCACGACUGCGUGCCCAACACCUCCCACUCGGACGACACGGACGACUUCUCCCUCACCGUGCGCGCCGCCCACGCCAUCAAGCGCGGCCAGCCCAUCACGCUCUCCUACGCCUACACGCUGCAGGUGAGAUAUGCCCAUCACGCUCUCCUACGCCUACACUUUGCA